ACUAGUAUGCAUUAAAGGCAUUUAAGUGGUAUGAUACCCUAGGUUUACACCAUCCAAAAUUAACGUGGGUAAACAUGGAGGAGUUAAACAAUCUGGCGACAUUCUUAGGAGUUUCUGGAGGAAAACUCGUCAUAGACGCCAAAGAACAGAUACCAGUUCUGAAGGCAGGGAAUGGUCUUACAGUUAGAGGUCUUGUAUCAGUUGCAAAACAGUUGGUUCGACAGUCUGACUCUUUUGAAUUAAAAGGCACAACUCCAGAGGAAAGAGCUGCCAUUGACCAGUGGCUGGAGUAUAGAGUCACUCAAGUGGACAAGAGUCAUCAGGAUAAAGAUGUGUCAACAGUACUUAAAGACACCAAUACAUAUUUAUCAAACCAUGUAUACUUUGUGGGAUAUCAACCAACAUUAGCAGAUAUAAUUUUAUAUCUUGGAUUGUACAGAAUAUUUGAGGAGUUAACUUUUAUGGAUAAACAGAAGUAUAUCCAUGUGUCUAGGUGGUUCUCAAAUGUGAGUACUUUUUUUUGUCUUGUUUACAUCCAUUUUCCCGCGUCAAGGAUUUCAUAUGAAGUGGAGCGGAUCAGAAACCCUCAACGCAGGAAGAUGAUAUACAGUAGAACAAAGAAUCACCUUCUGAUCAUAGAAUGUUUGCCUAACCACGAUUCUUCAAGGGGCAAUCUGCACUUGAACUGUGAAGAGUUCAUGGUGUAUCUUAAUUAAUGCAUUAACAGAGAGGAAUACAUUAUCACUGUGGGUUGUACAGGUCAUAUGUUCCUAAUUUCAUACACACAUGCCAAACUUUGGUGACCUUGACCUCACAUUUCUCGGCUUGUGCUUGAAUUUUUAAAAUUUUCAUGAAUACUCCGAGGGAUUCCUCCAUUUUAUCAUCUUUACAUUUCCAAUCUCUUUGCGUCUGAUGUCUUUACCAAUUGUUAUGAUAGCCAUUUCCUCAUGAAUGGAUCUUUAUAAACAUAGUAUGUAUGCCUAAUUCAAUGGCUGGGAAUUCUGACAGAAAUGAAAAUAGAUUGUGUAUAUAUAAAAUGAAUUUCAGUUUUGAAAAUACAUGAAGGUAUGAAUUGCAAAGCUUCAUGCUGGCAUACUUUUCAUGAAGCGCUAAAGCCGGCGGCAUGAAGCAUUGCAGUUCAUACCCUCAUGUAUUUUCAAAAAUGAAAUUUAUUUCUUCAUUGUAAGCAUAAGCAUAUCAGCAAGACUCCUGUAAUAACUAUGCCUGAUUUGAUGGUGUGGACCUUAUGUAUGACAUAAGGCCUAAAGUGCUUGAUUUAAAAUUUUAUUCAAGCCAUUUCUUGGAACAUUUUGAAGGUUGUCCUACUCUAGGUGGAUAUUUGAAUGAUGUCAGAAUUGACUUAACCUAGCAUUUGUCAAUAUCUAUGCAUGGUAGAACACUAUAUCAAAUACUGCGAAGGAAUUAUGUACAUGUAACAUCACAAGAACUUCAAACAAUCAGUGUAUUAAUGACUCGCUAUGAGUGUUAUGUAAUGACUCGCUAUGAGUAUUAUGUAAUGACUCGCUAUGAGUGUUACGUAAUGACUCGCUAUGAGUGUUACGUAAUGACUCGCUAUGAGUGUUACGUAAUGACUCGCUAUGAGUGUUACGUAAUGACUCGCUAUGAGUGUUACGUAAUGACUCGCUAUGAGUGUUACGUAAUGACUCGCUAUGAGUGUUACGUAAUGACUCGCUAUGAGUGUUACGUAAUGACUCGCUAUGAGUGUUACGUAAUGACUCCCUAUGAGUGUUAUGUAAUGACUCGCUAUGAGUGUUACGUAAUGACUCGCUAUGAGUGUUACGUAAUGACUCCCUAUGAGUGUUACGUAAUGACUCCCUAUGAGUGUUACGUAAUGACUCGCUAUGAGUGUUAUGUAAUGACUCGCUAUGAGUGUUAUGUAAUGACUCGCUAUGAGUGUUACGUAAUGACUCGCUAUGAGUGUCACAUAAUGACUCGCUAUGAGUGUUAUGUAAUCCAAUAAACAAAAAAAUGAAUUGAAUGUCUUGAGAGAAUUCAUCUGAUUUCAGAUGUUGGAUUUUUAGGUCACAUUAAUGACUCAGAUGGCCUAUUGCUAUUGGUCUUCAUCCAUCAUCGUGUUGCUCGUUAACAAAUGAAUAUUUUGAACUUCUUCUUGAAUACUACUAGGCUAGUUGUCUUCAAAUCUUAUGGAGCUAGAUAGGGAUGAGGUGAACAUACAUGUAAAUGCUAAUUUUUAUAACCAUAGUACCUCUGGGACCCCAGGGGCAGGGCAGAACAUAAAUGCUAAUUUUUGUAAUCAUAGUACCUCUGGGACCCCAGGGGCAGGGCAGAACAUAAAUGCUAAUUUUUGUAAUCAUAGUACCUCUGGUACCCCAGGGGCAGGGCAGAACAUAAAUGCUAAUUUUUGUAAUCAUAGUACCUCUGGGACCCCCAGGGGCAGGGCAGAACACAAAUGCUAAUUUUUGUAAUCAUAGUACCUCUGGGACCCCCAGGGGCAGGGCAGAACAUUAAUGCUAAUUUUUGUAAUCAUAGUACCUCUGGGACCCCAGGGGCAGGGCAGAACAUAAAUGCUAAUUUUUGUAAUCAUAGUACCUCUGGGACCCCAGGGGCAGGGCAGAACACAAAUGCUAAUUUUUGUAAUCAUAGUACCUCUGGGACCCCCAGGGGCAGGGCAGAACACAAAUGCUAAUUUUUGUAAUCAUAGUACCUCUGGGACCCCCAGGGGCAGGGCAGAACAUUAAUGCUAAUUUUUGUAAUCAUAGUACCUCUGGGACCCCAGGGGCAGGGCAGAACAUAAAUGCUAAUUUUUGUAAUCAUAGUACCUCUGGGACCCCAGGGGCAGGGCAGAACAUAAAUGCUAAUUUUUGUAACCAUAGUACCUCUGGGACCCCCAGGGGCAGGGCAGAACAUAAAUGCUAAUUUUUGUAAUCAUAGUACCUCUGGAACCCCCAGGGGCAGGGCAGAAACUGCUAAAAUUAAGUCAAAUUUUCAAAAAUCUUCUCUACUCCUGCACAUCUUUAAGAUAAAUUGAAUGCAUGGUUAAAAAUGAUACACGGCUCUAUAUAAAAAAAAAUUGUCUUUCAUGACCCCCAAGGGCUGGGGGUUCUGUCUCCAGGGUGGGGACAAAAUGGUCAUGAAGUGAAAAUGUACUAAUCUUCUUCUCUACUCCUGCACAUCACUCAAUGCAUGAUAAGGAAGAGCAAGAGACCCUCUACAAAACCUGUGAAAUUUCAUGGCCCCUGGCUUCAGGCCAUAGGGUGGGGAUUAAUUGGUAGUACUGUAUAUUGAAAAUACAUUACAGUUUUGAAAAUUCUUUUCUCUACUCGUGGACAUUUAGCAGGCAAACUAUUUCCAUGAUUACCAUAUUGAAAAUAUUGUAACCAGGCACAUGGUUUUAGCUCUAGGGCAGGGCUAAGUUGGUCAUACAUUGAAAAUACAUAAUUCUCCUUGGAAAUCUAGCAGGCAAACUGUUUGCAUGAAUAAAAUGUGUUUUAACCUAAAUUCAUGGCUACUUGGUCCAGUCUUCCACCCCAGGGGUAGGUUCAGUUGGUCAUUCAUUGAAAAUACUUUGCAUCUUUAAAAAUCUUCUUUACUCGCAUACAUUUAAGAAGCAAAUUAUUUCAUGAUUAUAAUAAAUACUUACCAUUCUACCAAAAUUGUGAAAUUCACCCCACCCACAUGGUUUAAGCUCCAGGGCAGGGCGUAGUUGGUUAUGUAUAAAAAUACAUUUCACAUUUAAUGAAUGUAAAAACUCAAACUCAUGGGCAUCCAACAAGCCAAUUUUUUUUACAUGAUUUGUAAGAAGCAAGUAACCCCCUACAAAAAUUUUAAUUCAUGUCCUUCGUGUUUGGAGGUCAGUUUAGAGUUGCAGUUUGGGAUGGGGCCAAAAUGCCCAUAGCUUGAAAAACUCGAGAUCCCCAGGUGAAAUAAAGGCCCAUGGGCUUCUGGUUUUGGUACUAUGAAGCUGUAACCAUCAUUGGCACAUAUAGACACAUCUGAAGUAAACAUUAAAAUCUUCUUCUUUUGUAGAUGCAGUCCCUCUUUGCAGACAAAUUCUCAAAGAAACACAUUGUCUUUCAAAGAAAUAAAAUAUUUUGUGGCACUAGCCAUUAAAA